UUGAGCAUGCGCAUAGUUACUUGGUGGGCGCGUACAGUGAUGACUUGGGGAUCCGGGCAACUAACAUGACUAAAAAGAAGCGGGAGAAUCUGGGCGUCGCUCUAGAGAUCGAUGGACUAGAGGAGAAGCUGUCCCAGUGUCAGAAAGACCUGGAGGCCGUGAACUCCAGGCUCCACAGCCAGGAGCUGAGCCCAGAGGCCAGGAGGUCCCUGGAGAAGGAGAAAAACAGCCUAAUGAGCAAAGCCUCCAACUACGGCACCCGGCAGAGGGCAGGGACUCAGGAAACACGCGGCCCACCUGGCACCUCCUCCACUGUCGGGCCCAAGGAGGCCCCAGGUGCCCUCAGUUUCUGAGGUGGAAGAGAUACCUGGAAGGCUGAGCACCACACAGCCAACCCCAUGACAGGCUAGCGGACUCACCUGGCGAUGUCACACCACCUCCUAGCCGGGCUUUCAGGUGUGGCAUUUUUGGUGACUUCUCACCCACCUCAUCCUCGACCUCAACCACAUUUAAGGAGCAAUAGUUGAGCAGCACUGGGCAUUGGGACUUUAUUAGGCUGGGUCUGUAGCCAAAAGGGUGUCAGGAUUUGGGCAGAUGAAGAAGGGCAGGGUCAUGUUUAUGGGUAAGGAGGUGGCUGGGUGCGUCUCUGCCCUCAGCAGUGUGUACCCACUCAUUGGAGAGGCAGAGCAGAACAACAGGUGGGCCUAAACUGCCUGUCCCAUCCCUAUCACCCUCUUUCC